CUUGAGGCAGUGGGUCUUUAAAGGGCUGCUCUGCUCCUGCUCACAAGCUCAAUCUCGUAGGACUUGUUAGCGUAUCACGUGCCAGAUUCUUAAUGAAGUGGACACACAAGAGCACUAUGUGCGCAUGCGCUCGGUGUAAACUGUAGUUGGAAAUGAGGUGUCCGUCUUGGAGUAGUCGACUUUUAAAAAGCAUCGGCAGCCCGUGAUAUGACGACUUCGCUAGUUCUGCAUCCACGCUGGGCGGACACCUUGAUGUACGUUUAUGAAAAAAGCCCGAAUGAAAACAACCAGAAUAAAAGCCAAACAAUGGAGGGACUGAGCGGUAAUUGCCCUGCGACCCACUGCAGGGACCUGAUGUCGCACCCCGCGCUGGGACGACAUUCUGGCACCAUAGCGACCCACCAGGGCUCCGUCUACUCGGAUAUUUCCUCCACAGACACUGGCCGACAGUGUCCCGCUUCUCAAACAUCAUCAAGUGCAUCUUUGAGUUACGGUUAUCCCUUUGGAAACCCAUAUUACGGCUGCAGAUUAUCUCACUCGCACAACGUGAACUUGCAGCAGAAGCCUUGCUCGUACCAUCCCGCAGAGAAAUAUGCCGAGCCCAGCACAGCGCUGCCUACGGAAGAGCUGUCUACCAGGGCGAAAGAGUUUGCCUUCUACCCGAGUUUCGCCAGCUCGUAUCAGGCUGUUCCCGGAUAUCUCGACGUGUCGGUGGUGCCCAGUAUCAGUGCCCACCCUGAACCGCGCCACGACGCCUUGAUCCCCAUGGAGGGCUACCAGCACUGGGCUCUCCCUAAUAGCUGGGAUGGCUACAAAGAGCCAACACAACCAACUCAUAUUUGGAAAUCACCUUUCCCAGAUGUUGUGCCAUUGCAGCCUGAGGUCAGCAGUUAUCGUCGAGGGCGUAAAAAGCGUGUCCCUUACACCAAAAUCCAGCUCAAGGAACUGGAGAAAGAGUAUGCAGCGAGCAAGUUCAUCACCAAAGACAAGAGAAGGCGCAUCUCGGCCGCCACCAACCUUUCAGAGCGUCAAGUCACCAUCUGGUUCCAAAACCGACGAGUCAAGGAGAAGAAAUUUGUCAGUAAAUCCAAGAACAGUCAUAUGCACACCACUUGAAUGGAUGAGCGACUUUCUUGAAACUGCAAGUCACACUUUCCAAAUCAUCUUGCCAUAUAUUUACCUCUUCCAAUCGUAGUUGAAGAAAUUUCUUUUGUAUUUUUAAUUUAAGUUCCAUCAUCAACUCCACCGACCACGCAACCAAGGUCUCCGAUUUCAAUUUAGAAAUAAUGCUCUAAAAACUGUGAAAAUAUAGAAAUUCACUUCACAUUUUGUUUUAUAGGAAUGUACAUAUAUAAAUAUAUAAUAUUUAAAACGAUAUUAGUAUUUCAAAGACAAGUAUUGUGUGUUUCUUUUCCUGUUUCCUUUUUCUAAGAUUUCAAAAGGACUGAUGAUAUUUCAAUACUUGCAACUGAUCAAAACAGAGGACACGGUUUAAUGUCAUUUUUGAACUGUAAUCGCCGCAUGGACAAUGGUUGCGGUGGCGAAAAGACAUGCUGAACUUGAGACUUUAUCGUCUUCAACAAAAGACUUUCGGAAGAAAGAAUAAUUUUCUAAAUAAAAAAGGAAAAAGAAAGAAAAAGAAAAAAAAUGUUACAUCUGAAUUUCAAUAGCUAUGUGUGUGGGAUAUGUAAAGCCUGGGGUAAAACAAAGGCUGCUAUGUCGUUAAUCUGUACAGUGCAAUGCCUUUCUUAUUUAAUUCAUAUUAUCUAGUAUGGCGGAAAUGUAAACUGGAAUAUCCCCCAAACCUGUAUUUUUUCCUUUUAUCAGUGAAGGAUUCUGUCAUGCAACCGGAAUGAUUGUAAACCAUUAAAGUCAGUGAGUAUUACACAUAAAUGCACAAUCGUUUCUAUCUUGUUUUGACUUCGUUGGUGUAACAUUGGAGAUGAUCACACGCCUUGUACGACGCCUGUAAUUUCUACUUUGGUGCAGUAUGUGAACUGUUUUGUGGUGUUGAAUUACGUACUGAUAACGUGUUUCAUAAAUAAAUGAUGAUUAUGAAAAUGCUCAAAUAUCCAAGUCAAUCAGCCACCCUCCUCGCAGCAUUUCCUUUCGUUUCAAGUUACACCGGUGCUACUAAGUAGCAGAGACCCAGACCUCUAUCGCUUUUCCUCUACAACAUCCCAGCAACGGAUGGGCGAGUCCAGAUUUUUAUUUCGCACAAUACUCGAUUAAGAAUAACUGGGCAACCUGGAGUCAUCUUGUUGGCAAGCAGGGAUGAUACAGUGAUUAGUCACGAUUAGUGCGCAACAAGGCAUACUGGCACUUGCAAAGUCAGAAAAACAUAAAUGAAUAACUAUGCUGGAAUUUACUUCUUUCUUCCACAUAGAACUACAAUGUUGAGACUUACAGGACCCGUUUAUUUACAUAGAUCAGCUUUGAGAAACGGAGAAAUGUGCUCAUGAAGUUUGUACCGCAAAAUUCCACCGCAAUUUCCAUCAAAGUUAAAGGCAGUGCAUUUUUUUCUGUUAUUAGCAUUCGUUCAAGUUUCAGAAUAACUGGCAUUCAGCGAAUCAAAUGGCUUAUCUACCCGCUCUCACGCGAACAUUUAGCGGGUUAUUAUUUUCAAUCCUUAUUAUUUUCCGUCCACAGGUACAAAAGUGUUUUGUUGUGGGUCUAACGGAAACGUAAAAACCGGCAACCUUUAAGAGGGCAAGAAACAGUCUUAAUUAGACACCAUCUGUACUGAGAGUAUUUAUUCAGAACAUAUUUUGCUGAUUAAUAUUUUCCAACAUACUGA